UUUUUUUCAUUUAAUAAUUACUUUGAGUUUUUGUUUCUCUUUCAUGAGAGAAAAAACAUCGGUAACAUAGGAAAUACAGAUGGGAUGAAGAAAAAGAAGAAAUCAGCUACUCCUUUUCUCCGAACUCUCUAUUUUUCUAACUUAACCAUCCAAAAAUAAAUAAAUAAAAGAUUGGAAGCACACAAAUCUAAUCAAAGACCAGAAUUCCUUCAUCACUUUUUGAAGUUAUAUCUCAAAUACCCACUUCUUUCUCAAAGUAGAUCUGUCCUGCUUCAGAGAUGGAUUAAACUGUCAGUGAUGACCGCGGGAAGAUUUGGUUCAAGAUCCUUCAAUCAUAAUAUUUUGGAUUUUCAUCUAAUGAAAGUAUGUGCUGUGGAUCAGAGCCAAUAAACCACUCGUCUAAUCCAACAAGAUCGAAUAAUUCUUUUGGAGAUAACAGACAUCCUAGUGUAGAAAUGAAUCGCUUGACUGUAGAGACUGAAGAUAUUUUUGCAACCUUGCUUGAGCUUGCUGCAAAUAAUGAUGUUGAAGGCUUUAAACGCACCAUUGAACAUGAUCCUUCAGUUGUUGAUGAGGUAGGGUUGUGGUAUGGUCGUAGGAAGGGCUCGAAGCAGAUGGUUCAUGACGAAAGAACCCCUUUGAUGAUUGCUGCUACGUAUGGUAGCAUUGGUGUUAUUAAACUGAUCCUUUCUUCGUCAGAUGCCGAUGUUAAUCGUGUGUGUGGACACGAAAAAAGCACAGCCCUUCAUUGUGCUGCUUCUGGUGGGACCAUCAAUGCUGUUGAUGUUGUGAAACUGCUUUUAGCAGCUGGUGCUGAUGCAAACAUGGUUGAUGCAAAUGGUCAUCGUCCUGUUGAUGUUAUUGGUUUUCCUCUGAAGCUUCAAGCUGUGAAAUUAACUCUUCAAGAACUUCUUGGAACUGAGAGUUCUGUUAUCGAGCAGAACUUGAGGGUGUCAACUGCAGUUGCAAACUCUGGUUCUCUAUCGCCUUCUCGUGAUAAUGGCUCACCUUCUUGUUCAAACUCGCUUCCAAAGUUGAAGUCAACUGCCGCUCCUAUUUCAACAUCGGAGAAGAAAGAAUAUCCGAUAGAUCCAUCUCUCCCGGACAUCAAGAACAGCAUCUAUUCAACUGAUGAGUUCAGGAUGUAUUCAUUCAAGGUGCGGCCUUGUUCGCGUGCCUAUUCCCAUGAUUGGACUGAGUGUCCGUUUGUUCACCCGGGGGAGAAUGCUCGAAGAAGGGAUCCUAGGAAGUUCCACUACAGUUGCGUUCCUUGCCCUGAUUUUCACAAGGGGGCAUGCAGGCGUGGAGAUAUAUGUGAAUAUGCUCAUGGUGUUUUUGAAUGCUGGCUACACCCUGCGCAAUACCGAACCCGGCUGUGCAAAGAUGGUAUUAAUUGUGCAAGGAGAGUCUGCUUCUUUGCUCAUACGGCUGAGGAACUUCGACCUUUGCAUGUUUCCACCGGUUCUGCUGUUCUUUCUCCUCGUUCAAGUACUUCAGCUGCUACUGCAAUGGAUUUUGCUGCUGCCUUGAGUCUGCUGCCUGGAUCACCUUCUUCUGUAUCAGUUAUGUCUCCAUCUCCUUUCACUCCACCAAUAUCCCCAUCUGUGAAAGGAAUGCCUCAUUCUAAUGUUGCCUGGCCUCAGCCUAAUGUUCCAGCGCUGCAUCUUCCAGGGAGUAAUCUUCAACUGAGUCGCCUACGGUCUUUUCUUAAUGCUAGAGACAUUCCAGCAGAAGACUUCAACCUGCUGCCUGAUUUUGGUGUGCAGCAACAACAGCUGGUGAACGAGUUAUCUAGCCUCAGUCAGCCAUCUAUGAGUUCUAAUUCUAUGAAUCGAUCUGGUCGAUUGAAAACCCUGACCCCAUCAAAUCUCGAAGAUCUAUUUUCCACUGAGAGCUCUUCAUCCCAGUACUCUGAUCAAGCAUUGGCAGCAGUUGUUUUCUCACCUUCCCAUAAAUCUGCUGUUCUCAAUCAAUUUCAGCAGCAGUCAAGCAUGCUAUCACCCAUUAAUACAAAUUUUUCUCCUAAAAGUAACGAGUAUCCGCUAUUGCAGGCGUCUCUAUCUGGUAGGAUGUCUCCUCGGAAUGUGGAACCUAUCUCGCCGAUGAGCUCUCGAGUUUCAAUGUUAGCUCAACUUGAGAAACAACAGUUUCGCAGUCUAAGUUCUAGGGAACUUGGCUCUAGCUCUCCUGCCAUUAUUGGUUCCCCAGUAAAUUCUUGGUCAAAAUGGGGAUCUUCCAAUGGGAAGGCAGACUGGGCUGUCAAUGCAGAUGAGUUAGGCAAGCAUCAUGCUUCAUUUGAGCUCAGCAACGGAGAUGAGCCUGAAUUAUCAUGGGUUCAAUCCCUUGUUAAGGAAUCUCCCACUGAGAUGAAAGAGAAAAUGAAGGCUUCGGUCUCGGGUGUUCCAUCUAAUGCCUCGAAAAGUGAGGGUUCUAAUACAAACUCGCAAGUUGAUCCGCUGGAUCACACCGUGUUGGGAGCAUGGCUCGAGCAAAUGCAGCUUGAUCAGCUUGUGGCUCUGCAAAACUGAAGCCAGUUUUCACUUAGCCCCGUGGUAGAGACAACAAGAAAAACAAGGUUUUGGUAAGUAGCAUUUAUAUUUUCUGGAAUUUUGUGGGUGAAGAACAUGCAAGCUAAUCAUUAACACAAGCUGAAGAAGGUAAAGGGAGUUGAUCAGUUGACAAUGGGAAAAUUUUCAUAUUUCACCAUUUAUUACUAUUACAACGAAAGAGCUUAGUAAAUAAAUGUUAAGAGGAUAAAAUCUAGGUUAUGCUUAUAGAAAUUAGACCAUUUUAGGUGUUUUUACUUAAAUAUUUCCAAGAAAUUAGAUUCUUCUAUUGCUGUCAUUAUAUUUUUAUUUUUUCGCCUUUUAUUCUUAUUUUUAUUUUCAUGAUGAGCGACUUUAUUCGAUAAACGGAAGGAUACUGUAUAUGUCUCCUGCUAAGUUUGGUAGGACUAUUUUUUCAGUUGAAUUAUAUUAUUAGUUUGGUAUUA